AUUGUCAUCGCUCCCAUUGUUCUCGCUUAUCGUUCUCAAAGCCUCAAUAAAUAAGUGACCGUGAGGCUGGAUCCCGAGGCAACUCGCUGCUAUGAACGUCCCUCAGACCUAUACUGGCUUAUUGGGCUCCGAAGGGACACGUUUUCCCGGUCAAAGGACCACAGACAUACAUUACUUCAACUAUCUUCCACCCGGCGUCGACCCGAAAUUGAGGCAGCGAGCUACUGCAAUCGCCCAAAGUAUCACCUUCCUCAUCCCGCAAAUUCGCGUAGCCUUUCAUCCCGACGUGGAUGGUUGGCCUCUCCAUGAGGUAUGGGUAGAUCUUCCUGUGUGGAUUUGGUGCCUCUACGUCUGGAACGAAGGACCCUCACAACCCGGUUGGCAGCCUCCAUGGCCUGGCCGAAUUCGAGAACCUGCCAUGUUCGGCUGGAUAGGGGGGCAAUGGCGGCUUGGAUAUUGUGUUCGAUGGUUCCAUGAGACAGUCGAAUAUCAGUCGCUGCCACACAGGGGUCCACGACUGCUCUGGUAUCACGAACAUGAGAGACGCGGGGAGGACGAGCAUCAAGUUGAUCUUCGUAUCGUGAAGGAUGGCAAACACUGCCAAAUCGAGAAUCUCCGGUUUGGGACGCAACUUCAGGUCUACCGACGUGCAGUGGAAGAUUAACGCGAUCAUAGGUGACGGACCGCGUGAUGCGGCUCCAGUGUUCGUAAACUCCCAUGUCUCAUCGUGCUCCGUGUAUAUGAUGUAUCUUAGGGUGCUGCCGGUAGCUGCCCGGUAUCUUCUGUAUUCACCAAUGGCUUGCUCAUUUGAGAACCG